UUGGCCAGUGUGAGCGAGAAGCCGCUGGCUCCAGGAGACGUGCGCCUGUUGUGUGUGCAGUUCCGCAAAGAAACGUGUGAUUAGUUAGCGUCUCCCCUCUUUACGAACAGCGGUUUGUUGCCUGUUGAGGAUGGAUCUAUCAACAUUUCGUCAUGUUUUCCUCUCUCUCGUCUUGCUCCAGGUCGUAGCGGCCCACGUGGAGCCGCCGACCGACGUGAUCCUCCACUGCCACAAUCUGCACAACGUCGUGAAGUGGAAUUAUGGCCAGUCGUUGCCAGAUCUUAAAUUCAGAGUCGAUAUAGGCACAGUGUCACGCCCUCCUAGUGAGCUUUGGGUGCACGGAUCAAAGCUGGAAGCUGAUGUUUCAUUUCUCUCCGAUCCAAGUGACGACUACUAUCUAACUGUAACUGCUGUGAUUGGACAGAAUGAGUCUGAUCCCGCUCCUCAGGAGGGAAUCUUCUUCAGCUAUUUCAUGGACUCGCCAUCACAUCAGAAAUGUGUUGUGGAUUUCCCACCAGUUAACGUAACUGCCCAACAGGAUGGCAGCGUCCUGUUCAACUUCAUGCAUCCCUGGUUGUUGUACCACCAGAGGAUGCCCGGCAGUCGAGAUGCAAAUCGUCGAAAGAAGAAAAGCCACGCGGAGAUCAUCAACCGGCUGCCUGAGUUUACGUACGACGUUGAGACCGUCAGCCAGAGGGAGCACCACGAGAGGUUCAGCUGUGAGCAGAGUGUGUGUGAGGGGAAGCUCCUGGCGGUUCCCGCACAGGAGAAACACUGUCUGAAGGUCCGAGGGGAGAUGCAGAAAAUCUUAUUUCAAGCCACACAACAGUACUGCGCCCUGCCGCUGGAAACGACGCCAGCUGAGCGAAACGAUUACAUCUACAUCAUCAUCAUCGUGGUCGUCGCCUUGGCCUUGAUUGCAGUUUUUUUUAUCUUCUUCAUGGUGUACAAAAAAAAGACCAAACCCUCGUCUUCUUUUCCGAACUCCAUGACGUUCACGAGUCGACUGAGGCAGUGGACUCUGGGGGUACCCCGGGAUCCGGUCUCGGUGCCAGAAGUGGAGCCUACCUCACCCACGUACCUACUGUCAACCACAGAAGACAACGAGGACACAGGAUGCACACCUGUUAUUUCCUCGACUGAGACUGACUUCCGUCUGCCCAUUGGGGUGCCAGCUGACGAUGAAGGUGUGUGCGAUGACGUGGAGGUAAGUGAUGGCGAAGGACGUGGGUACAUGCCGGGCAACUUGGAUGAAGAUGAGACACAAGUGUUCAACGGGGCUCCCUCUGAUUACGAAAAACGUCCGGUGUUUGUGGAGUUAGCCCCGGAUGAACAGGCCGAGGGCUACCGCUCCUGAAGCUGGAACUGAACCCGGAGUGUUCGAUUCGGUCACAUGACCCACUGUGGUUACAACCCUGCGCUCAUUAAAACAUAAUCAGCUACCAGAAUGCUAGCAGUGUACUAAUGUUGCUCUUCUUAAUGAUUUAAUUUCUGAUAUCCGCUCGUAUGUGAGAAAGCACCUCAUAUUAUGGAUAACAACGGGACGUAAAACACUGCACGCACGUGCGCUUGAGACGUCAGAUUUCCUGCUGAGCUGCAGCGCGGGGUGUUGAGAUGAUCUCUGUUCAGACACACAGUCAUCUUUUACGGGAUUCAGAAUCACAAUCUGCUUUUAUUGGCCGUGCAGCGAAUCCUGCAGAAUGACUCCAGGAGGCUUGACUGCUUUAUUUCAUAUAAUACAAAUUCAAAUUCUGUCAAUAGUAUAACAUUCAGAUACUGUUUCAUUAAUGUUUGUGUCAUACAGUAACAUCUAUUUGCGUCUGUUUCAUGCACGCAGGUAUCACUGUGCUCAUUGGUUACUGUGCUGAGAGGUCAAUAUUCUGUAUUCACUGUAGAAUGUUAUGUCUUAAGAGAGUAUUGUGAAUGUCGGUUGCUUAGUUGCACCUGUGUUCUAACUUCUGUCAUGUGACAUUUUUCUGACUGAAAUGGAAAAUUUGGGGCGGCUUUAGUUACAAGACAGAUUUGAUCAAGUCGAUUGGAUCGCUGAAAUUAGCGAGCGUGGCCUCGCGAGUGCAGAGAGUCUGCAGGAGGUCGCUCGCCCCGUCCUUCGCCUCACCGACCUCCAGGUUGAUCCUCCUGCAGGAGGAGGAGAACGAGGGAGAAAUGAAUAAAUGAUUGACUGGAAACGCUCAGCUAACGGGCCAAGUGCACUUUUAUAGGAUGUGUGGGUUUAGCUGUUUCCUCAGAUCCAAUUUAAAAUAAGGGAAACUCAAAAAAAACUCUGUUUAAGAACUGCAGUUAAUUCUCAUGAAAUGAGUGGCUGUCUUGCACCAAGGAUAAAGUGAUGUGAUGUUCUGUAACGUUGCAUCUGUUAAACUGUUUAUUGUGUCUUACCUUCAUCUAAGUUUUUGAGUUGAAUACAUUUUGUGUAUUUUUACUUCGAUGGUGUAUUAUGUGUUUAGAUUUCCGUGCGUACAGUGCUGAAUGUAUGAAUACAGUCUGAAGUGAAUGAGCAGCACAGAGUUCCUCUCCUGUCAUUGGUUAAACUCGGGAAAAAACAAUUUCUCUUCGGCAAAAUUACACAUUUAAAUAUUUUUUCCCUAUUAACAAAAUCCCUUUAAACGGCUCAGAUGUAAGCUUUGCUUUCACUUAGCAUGUAUAGAUGUAUAAAUAUGCAAAUAGUCCCCGCCUUUAUCUCCACCAGGAGCGUACCGACUCACCUGCAUCAAACACACAGAAAUCCCUGAGGGAAAACUCCUCCCUUGUGCCACAUGCACUUGAGUUACCCAGCUUUUUCUUGCUAAUGCUAUGCUAGCAGCUUAUGAGGAUGUGAACAAAGUCACGUGAAGUCUGCUUUCCAAAAAAUGCCAGUAAUGAAUUAAGCUGUCAUCUAAUCCAGCACCUUAGCUAUCUGUAACUUUCUCUAUCAACAAUCCUGAGAUAUAUAAAACGUGCCGCCAGCUUUUGACAUGAAUCACAUUUCAAGCAUGUUGUUUGGACACAAGUUCCUUAAAUAUGUGACUUAUAAAGGCCUGUUUGUGAGACUAUCUUUGGUCCGUUGCAGUUUCAAGGUGGAAAUGCUCAGCCAUCACGUUUGCUGCUUAUAUCACCCACGGUUUGUCUUGCAGCGUGUUAAGAAAACGCGUUAUGGCCAUGGGAAAAUGGUGCUUUUACAUGUGCCAAGGAUUCAGUUUCAAAGCAGAUCUAAACAGCAGCCAGACAGAUUUUCUGGGUGCAGUAACGUUCGAAUAUGUUUUUUAAUCUAGUUAAGCUCAUUAAAGUCUGAUUUAGCCAGUGCUGUGGUGCUGUUCGCGAUCUUUCCUCUGUAUUUACUCACUACCUCUGUGCCUUCGCCCACAUGUCUCCUGUGUUACCUGAUGUCUUGUUUUUCUUAAGCAUUUCGCCAUUUCAAUAAAGAUCAAAACGUG